AUGGCGUUUGGACCCGAGUUUGGAUGUUGUGAAGCAGCUGACAUUGACGUACUGCUGCUACUCUUCUGCCGAAGUCACUCUUUGAAGGCUUGGGCAUUGGUUGGCGCUGCAUCAGAGGCACUACGACGACAGAGUCAAAGUCUCCGCGAUGCAAAUGCAGAUGUAGCAUCAGCUGUUCGACGCUUGGCAUCAGACAAUGUCACCUCCCAUAGGGCGUCAACUGCAUCCUCUUUGACAGAAUCUUUUCAGAAGAUUUCCUACUUACCUGAUUGA